AGUUGGGCGAGGUGCGGGAGUAAUUUUGACUUUGGGCGAGUUUAAAUGGGACGCAUCAGUUAAUGUCAGAAUUGUUCCCUGUGCUGCUGUUUGCUGCGUGCGGAUUGAAGUAUGUGUUCACUGACCUGUUUUGAAAUGUAUUUGUCUGCUGGAAUGUAAGAGUUGGACAGUUCGCGAUUAGGGCGGGACACACUUCGCUGAAUACGACUUAUAUCGGCGCAGCAUCUCCGUCCAAGUCAGAAUGACUGAAAUGAUUGCAUUGAUUUGGGAUGCAUUUUCUCACAUUUAAGCUGUAGGAAAUUUAAAACCUGAAUGUCGCAGGACUUCAAACAGCAGCCAGACCUUGUCCUCGUGCCAUACAAUGGAUCCUUCUGCUCCUGAAGAGUGUUUUCAGGCAUUAAACCAUGCAGAACAGACUUUUAAGAAGAUGGAGAACUACCUUCGACACAAGCAAUUAUGUGAUGUAGUAUUACUAGCUGGAGACCGGAGGAUUCCAGCUCACAGGUUGGUUCUAUCCUCUGUUUCAGACUACUUUGCUGCAAUGUUCACAAAUGACGUAAGGGAGGCUAAACAAGAAGAGAUAAAGAUAGAAGGCGUCGACUCAAAUGCAUUGUGGGCAUUAGUUCAAUAUGCAUAUACAGGCCGUCUGGAAUUGAAAGAAGACAAUAUUGAGUGCCUAUUGUCCACCGCUUGCCUAUUGCAACUCUCUCAAGUUGUAGAGGCAUGUUGUGGAUUCCUGAUGAAACAACUGCAUCCAUCCAACUGUCUUGGAAUUCGGUCAUUUGCAGAUGCUCAGGGUUGCACUGACCUGCAUAAAGUUGCACACAACUACACUAUGGAGCACUUCAUGGAUGUGAUAAGGAAUCAGGAGUUUCUACUGCUGCCAGCAAAUGAGAUAGUUAAACUGUUGGCUAGUGAUGACAUGAAUAUACCAAAUGAAGAAACCAUAUUGAAUGCACUGCUUAGCUGGGUUCGGCAUGAUGCAGAUAACAGACAAAAAGACCUUAGCAAAUUGCUGGCUUACAUCAGACUUCCUCUGCUGUGCCCUCAGUUUCUUGCAGAUAUGGAGAACAAUAUGCUAUUUAGAGAUGAUAUUGAAUGCCAAAAACUUAUCAUGGAGGCAAUGAAAUAUCACCUGCUACCAGAGCGACGAAACAUGCUGCAGAGUCCUCGGACUAAACCUAGGAAGUCUACAGUAGGUGUGCUGUUUGCAGUAGGAGGAAUGGAUGCAACAAAAGGUGCCACGAGCAUUGAAAAAUAUGAUCUACGUUCCAAUACAUGGACACAUGUAGCAAAUAUGAAUGGGAGACGACUUCAGUUUGGUGUGGCAGUGCUAGAUGACAAACUUUAUGUUGUGGGUGGUAGAGAUGGAUUGAAGACAUUAAAUACAGUAGAGUGCUACAAUCCAAGGAAUAAAACCUGGAGUGUAAUGCCUCCUAUGUCUACACAUAGACAUGGCCUUGGUGUGGAGGUACUGGAGGGUCCUAUGUAUGCUGUAGGUGGACAUGAUGGUUGGAGCUAUCUAAAUACGGUUGAACGAUGGGACCCCCAGGCUCGACAGUGGAACUUUGUUGCCAGUAUGUCAGUGCCACGAAGUACAGUUGGUGUAGCAGUACUUAAUGGAAAACUGUAUGCUGUUGGAGGUCGUGAUGGAAGUUCUUGCCUUAAGUCUGUUGAAUGCUUUGAUCCCCACACCAACAAAUGGACCCUCUGUGCAUUGAUGUCUAAAAGACGGGGAGGUGUGGGAGUUGCCACAUGGAAUGGUUUCUUGUAUGCCAUUGGAGGGCACGAUGCACCGGCAUCUAACCUCACAUCAAGGCUAUCUGACUGUGUGGAAAGAUAUGAUCCAAAAACCGAUACUUGGACAGCAGUAGCACCAAUGAGUAUCAGCAAAGAUGCAGUAGGUGUUUGUUUACUUGGUGAUAGGCUGUAUGCAGUUGGAGGAUAUGAUGGACAGUCAUAUCUGAACUCUGUGGAGGCCUAUGAUCCACAAACUAACGAGUGGAUGCAGGUUGCACCACUGUGCCUUGGAAGAGCUGGAGCUUGUGUGGUCACUGUUAAACUUUGAUUUUUUUAAGUGCAAAUUUUGUAUUAUAACCAUUCCACAUGUUCAUGGAGAAAUAAAUAUGUGACAAAACACCAAUUUUACUGCAAAGUUAAGGAAGACUAAAAGAUUUAUCAAAUGCUAAGGAGCCCAAAAAUUAGUGGGACCCCAAAUAUCUAAAUCAUUAAACAUUUCUUCUGAUCCUUGAAGUAUAAUAUUCCAAAAAUGAAUUGGUGCACACAAUUUAAAACACUGAUGGCAGAAUUUUACUAGCUCGAAAACAGAUGCAGACCUGUAAGUUAGGAUGUCAUUGGUGUCAUGACAGCUGCCUGCCUGCCCAACCAUGCUUCCAUGAUUUUGAAGAAGAAGGGGGUCAGGUAAGCUACUCAUCCAUGACCUGAGAUAAUCAAGUGGGCAAUUAAUGCCCAAUUAAGGGCCUCCAGCCACUAUUGUGAUUUAACGGGUGGCAGGAGAUGCCUGAGCCAAGUAUGUAACCUGACAGAUUAAACUCUGUGGGCAUCUCGUCAGUGAAGUGGAGAGUUGAUUGUGGGGUGCCACUUCCCUGGAUAUUCUGUGCCACCUGAAGUUCCUCUUCGUUGCACCCAACAGUUUUGCCUCCCCACAUAAAUCCUACCUUGCCCUGUCCAUUAUCAUCCCUCUUCCCACCCCAACCCUCUCCUUUAUUGGAGAUCUGGCACCAACAUGAUCUCAGACUCACCUAGGUUUGGGGCCAUCCAUUAUUCAUUUUCCUCAGUUUGUCUUCCUCCUGAGUUUCCUGCAAUUCUUCACUGCCACUGAUCUUGAUGUGGAGCAAAUGUCUAAAUUCUGAUGAUUUGUUCCUGGAGAAUAAUUUUUUUUAAAAACUGUUGCCCAAAAAAAUUAAAAUAGGGUGAGCUGAUCAAAUGUAGGGAGGAUUCACUAGUGAGAUUUACACUGGAGUACAGGCUUUAUACUAGUUUACCAUAUAAUCCAAUUCAAAACUGAGGCUUACAAGCUACAUUUGAAUUGAAAGAAUUGUAUAUUUUGAUGGUUCUUGUAUUGCCUUCCUAAAAUAGGACCAAAAGAUUGUGGACUGAAAUUUUAUUUUAAAGUACCUGGUAUCUCUUCCUUAGAUAAAAGCCAAAA